AUGCCCCUGUGUGCUCCUCUGCUGGAUACCUCACCAGUGGUGAUGGAGAAAAUGCCGAAAUCACAUCUACGGAGGACAAUGUUGCACUUCAUCCUUGGACCACAUGCCAACCCACAGAGGAGAGAGUGGGUUGACACUGUUAGACGCCAAUUUAUUCCUUCCUCUGUUCAACUGCUAAAAGCAGUUCUGCCGGUCAGUCUUCUGGGCACUACGGUUUUCCAAGUAAAGAAAGUAACUCUAACAUAUCGGGUAUUCCAUACCCCAGGACAAAGCAAAUAUUCUAACUCCUUGAUCCUCCAAGUCCCAUAUUAGGUAUUUGAAAGAGACGGUGUGGGUCUGAGAUGUCAGGGAACUGGGGACAAGCUCUUUCUGACAGCCAGCCCCUCCCAGCCCACAGAGGGGAGCUCAGUGACCUUGACCUGUAAUAUCCAGACUCCUCCACAGAUGUCAUAUGCUCAGCUCCAGUUCUGCUUCUUCGGAGAUGCCGGGGCCCUGGGGCUGGGCUGCAGCAGCUCCCAGAAACUCCAGAUCUCCGCCAUGUGGAGGGAAGACUCAGGGGCCUACUGGUGUGAAGCUCAGACAUCAGCACCCAAAGUCUGGCGGAGCUCAAGAUUCCCGAUAAAUGUGCAGAUAGUCCCCAUCUCUGAUGUGAACUUGGAGAUGCAACCCCCAGGAGGACAGGUGAUGAAGGGAGACAAGGUGGUCCUCAUCUGCUCGGUUGCUAAGGGCACAGGAAACAUCACCUUCCUCUGGUACAAAGGGAACCUUGGUUUAAACCUGAAGACAAAGACUCAGCGUUCACUGACAGCACAGUUUGAGAUCCUUUCGGCGAGGGAGAGUGACGCUGAACACUAUUACUGUGCAGCUGACAACGGCUAUGGUCCCAGUCUUAGUGGGCUGGUGAGCAUCACUGUCAGAAUUCCAGUGUCUCGCCCUAUCCUCACCCUCAGGGCUCCCAGAGCCCAGGCUGUGGUGGGAGACGUGGUGGAGCUUCACUGUGUGGUCCAGGGAGGCUCUCCUCCGAUCCUGUACCGGUUUUAUCAUGAGGAUAUUGCCCUCGGGAAUGGCUCAGCCCCCUCUGGAGGCGGAGCAUCCUUCAACCUCUCCCUGACCACAGAACAUUCUGGAAACUUCUCUUGUGAGGCCAACAAUGGCCUGGUGGCCCAACACAGUGAGGUGGUGACACUCAACUUCACAGUGCCUGUUGGAGACAAAGAGGAUCAUCAUCUUACUGCAGGGGUCAUUGAGGGAAUGCUUGGCACCCUUGCUUCUGCCACCAUGGCCCUAUUAUUUUGCUACUGGCUCAAGAGAAAAAUAGGAAGACAUUCAGCCAGGGAUCCACUCAGGAGCCCUCCCAGCCUUGCACCCCAAGAAUCCACUGACCUGAACUCAACUGCCCCAGAGCCAUUACAACCCAUAUAUGAAAAUGUGAAUGUUGUAAAUGGAGAUGAGGUUUAUUCGUUGGUGCUCUAUAGCCAGCAGGAGCAGGAAGCAGCAGCAGGUGAGACUUGGGGGAGCACAUUUAUCUCUGACAAGGUUUCCCUAGACAUCUACUCUAGGAUGAGAGAGGCAAGUGCUAUAGAUGUGGACUAUGAAGAUGUGGACUAUGAAGAUGCUAUGUAA